AUGAGACUAGCCGACAUUCCCGAGGUCCCCAGGGACGAAGUCUUUGCGCUGACCGCCGACUUCAAAGCCGACGACCACCCGAACAAGGUUAGUCUCGGUGCUGGAGUGUACCGAGACGAGAAUUCACAACCAUGGGUUCUCCCAAGCGUCAAGGCAGCAAGAGAGGCUCUGAACAAGAAUAGGGACUGGAACCAUGAAUACCUCCCCAUCCACGGACUCGAUGACUUCCUGGACGUAGCCAGGGAUCUGAUCUUGGGUCGAGAAGACACCUCGCAGUCUCCCGUGGUCUCGAUCCAGACCAUUUCAGGAACAGGGGCGAACCACCUAGGCGCCGCGUUCUUAGCACAGCGGCUCAAGCCGCGGCAUGUGUUCAUCUCGAGUCCGACAUGGGGCAACCACCACCUCAUCUGGGAAUUCGCAGCCCCCGACGUCGUCCAAAAGACGUACCCGUACUACCAUGCGCCGACACGCUCGCUGGACUUUGAGGGGAUGAUGUCCACGCUGGAGGCCGAGGCGGUAGAGGACGAUGUCGUGAUCCUGCAUGCCUGCGCCCACAACCCUACCGGCAUCGACCCAACUCGAGAGCAGUGGGAAGCUCUGGCCGAGCUGUUCAAGCGCAAGAAGCUGUUCGCCUUUUUCGACUCUGCAUACCAGGGAUUCGCGACGGGCGAUGUUGACGCGGAUGCAUGGGCGGUCCGCCACUUCCGACAUGUCCUCUUUCCGCGGGAUUCUACUGCUGAAGGACCCCAGGGGUUGUGCAUCGCUCAGUCCUUCUCCAAGAACUUCGGCCUCUACGGCGAGCGUGUGGGUGCGCUUCAUCUCGUGCUAGCCCCCGGGACUCCGGAGCCUGGACCACGGACUCAGUUGCUGCGCCUGGUACGGGGCGAGAUCUCGAAUCCUCCCACUUUCGGAGGGCGGAUCGUGCAGACCAUUCUGUCAGAUCCACGACUUCGGGCCAUGUGGGACAGGGACUUGCAAACAAUGUCCAGCCGCAUCAAGCGGAUGAGAUCUCUCCUGAGACAAGAGAUUGAGAAGCACCCGGGGGUGGGCGACUGGAGCCAUCUCGAGUCCGAGAUUGGCAUGUUUACCUUUACGGGCUUGAGCCCUGCCCACGUGCUGCGGCUGAGGAAGGUGCACCACAUCUAUCUCAUGAUGAGUGGGCGAGCAAGUAUCAGUGGUCUGAACGAGAAGAACGUCACGUACGUUGCGGAUGCAAUCUUUGAGGUAAUCAAGCACGAAGGGUCAAGGCAGUAUAGCUAG